AUGCGACAGACGCUCCUGACAACACGUUACGAGAAUCAGCGCCCGGACUCUCAUCCUGGAACCAUUUUCCCCCUCAAAACUGUUGCUGCAUCUCUAACCAUGGGUAUCUAUUACUUUGCAGACGACUAUGUCAAGAACGAGGUCUACCCAGCCGAGAUUCUCAACUGGCUCUACUGGCAGGCAACGCGUCCUAAGAGGCCGCGCCUACAACCCGGCGGGACAUAUUUCUACGUUCUCUAUAAGGAGGUCAGAGUAGGAAAUAUGAAGCGCGAGAACCACACCCUGACACUCCCUGCGGAGCUCUCCACCGAAUAUACGGAGACGAACCGGGCAAACAACCUCAAUCAUGCGAACGAGUGUGUAUUGAUACGAACCGAGCAUAUUUGGAGGUUACUAGCGCAUGCGAAGGUGGUAUUUUGCUACAAGUAUACCUUCUUGUCUCACGGUGGAAUUAGUAUACGCACAAAUUUCGGUAGAUCCGUGAAUCCGCAAUACCCCAUUGCCAGAUGGCCUUGGGAAGACGUAGAGGAUCCUCGCGAUCGAUAUAUAUUCUGUUCCUCACCAUCGGACUACCAGUUCACACCUAAUCCCUCACCCUUUCAUAGCACUUCUUUCUUUGGCCGUACGCCGAUGGCAUCCUUCUACCCCGGUAGCUUCUCCAACCCAUCCGAUGGACUCCCAGUAUUAUCUACUUGCCCCACCUCGAUGGCCAAGAGCUAUGAACUACUGCCUGAAACAGAUCCCCCAGCGGCUCCUGGUUACACUUCAUUUCGGACUGAUGACUGUGCUAUGCUCGCUCGAAAUCUGGACAGAGAUCACAAGCGCCAGUAUCAACUUGAAGAUGAGAUUUAUCCGCUCAAGCUCAUUCGCGCCUUAAAGCGAGGCUCUGAUGAUCUGCCUCCUAGCUGGAGCGAAAACUCCGUUUUUGGAGUAGUCCAUAUCAACAGCUUGACAGGCAGCCACCCGACCGUCGAGAUUAUUAGUACUUACUCUACUAUCCAGGCUGCCAAUAACCGAGUAUUGGACUUUUGGGAUCAAAAGUACGGCGCAAGGAUGUUCACCAAUGCCACUUCUUCUCCGAGAGCUAAUGCGACGGCCGUAAUGCUCGAUGACGUCGAGAAGACCGCCAGAUGUCCUCAAUCCACUUCAGACCGAAAGAUGAAACAGAACUUUUCGGGCGGCGUCCCCGCUAACAAAAGUUAUUGGGCAAUCAAGAAUAAGUGCCUGUCACUCAAACAUAGAAGUGGCGCGGGAGAAGUCAGGGUUUACGUUACUAUAUCACAUAUGCGAGAUCAAGGGAUACAUGUCUAG